AUGCAGCUCUCCGCCAUGCUCGCCUCUGCUUUCCUUCUCCUGGGCGCCUCGACUGGCGCUCUCGACGUCUGGGUGCCACGCAUUACUUUCCCCACCGCUGGCGCCAUCCUCGCCGCCAACUCGCAGGUCAACGUCACAUGGACGACAGUAAAUGCGCCACAGAACAUCUCGAACCGUGCAAUGCUUCUGCUUGGCCACACCGGCGGCAACUAUCCAUUCAUCCUCGCUAAGGACUUCGACCUCCGCGCCGGGUUUGUCACUGUCGCCGUGCCGUAUGUUUUCACCGGCACCGCCUACACCUUCGUCCUUUUCGGCGACUCGGGCAACGCGAGCCCGCCGUUCACGAUCGAGAGCGAUGUGCUUUAA